CGCCCGCCCCAAUAGGGGGUCCGUUAUCGACGCCGCCAGCCACCACGCCGCUCUUCUUCACCCGUUCAGUUCUUCUUUGGGCCUGUCUAAUAUGACGAACCUUUCCACUUACGCUGGUGUUGGUGGCCUUCUCGUCGCUCUUUUCAUCUACUUCCGAAAGCCUAAAGCUUCAACGGCAUCAUUGCCACCUGGCCCCCAGCGUUACCCUCUACUGGGCAAUAUCGCGAACCUCACUGCGAAGGAGUUGUGGCUGCCAGCCACUCGAUGGGCAAAACAAUUCGGCGAUGUCGUUCACCUCGAUGUUUUUGGAGCGGUCCACCUCAUUUUCCUCAACAGUCCAGAGUCCGCUAUGGAUUUGCUCGACAAACGUGGUUCAAUCUAUUCGGAUAAACCACAAUUCUUAAUGACAGGCGAACUUUGUGGGUGCAAGAACAUGGUCGCUUUCACUGGCUACAACGAUCAAUCAAAGCGUCAACGCAAAUUGAUGCACAAGGCAUUCGCUCCGACGUGCAUCCCUGCGUACUACCCGCUCAUUGAGAAUGAGACGUACGAGUAUCUUCGCAAACUUAUCUCCGAACCUGCAGACUAUAUGCGGCACAUUCGUCGUUACGCGGGUUCCCUCACUCUGUCUGUUGUUUAUGGGUAUCAGGUGUCAUCGAACAACGACCCGUAUCUGGGCCUGGCUGAAGAAUGUGUUGAUAUUCUCGCCAACGAGAUCGCUUCUGGAGGCGGUAUCUGGCCCGUUGAUAUCUUCCCUUCGCUCCAACAUCUUCCUACGUGGUUCCCUGGUGCUGGUUUCAAGCUCAAAGCUGCGCGAUGGAAAGCCAAGAUGGAAGAGUGGGUCGAUAAACCGUAUGAAUUCUUGAAGAAUGGCAUGAAAACAGGGCAAUAUAAACACUCUUUCUGUUCCAUGUUACUGGAGGAUGAAGCCGGGGUCAAAGCUUCACCCGAGUUCGAAUACGAUCUCAAAUGGACGGCCAAUUCGAUGUACGGUGCUAGCAUGGACACGAGCAUUGCCACCAUUACGCACUUUUUCCUCGCCAUUAUUCAACAUCCGGAGGUACUUGCCAAGGCACAGAGGGAAAUUGACGCCGUCGUUGGGUCCGACCGUCUCCCAACGUUUGAAGACAGGGACUCUCUUCCUUACAUCGAUGCCGUCUUGCAAGAGACAUGGCGCUGGGGUGUCCCCCUUCCUCUCAGUCUACCCCAUCGUCUGAUGGAAGACGACGUCUAUCGCGGGAUGCUUAUCCCCAAGGGUUCUCUUAUAUUUGGAAACAUCUGGGCAAUCAUGCAUGAUGAAGAAAUUUAUCCUGAUUCUUACACCUUCAACCCGGACCGGUUCUUGACCAAGGUGGACGCCGAUACGGAGAGGAAGAGGAAUCCACGAAAUUAUGUCUUUGGUUUUGGACGGAGACUAUGCCCUGGUCGUCACCUUGUUGACUCGUCGCUGUGGUUGCUCAUCGCAUGCAUGAUCGCCACCCUGGAUAUCUCAAAGGCUGUCGAUGAACAAGGCAACACCAUAGAACCCGAUGUCCAAUUCGAAAACCCCAUAUUCAGGAGUCCAACGAAGUUCCCGUGCGAUUUUAGACCAAGAUCAGAAAAGGCACUCGCGUUGAUCAAACAAUCGGAGUUGCCAACAUCGCUUUGAAAAGUGCCCUUCAAUGUACAACAGAUAUUGCCGGUCUCACUACGACCCGAGGGACUCAUAGUAAUCAUCCCUUUCACACUCCUUUUUCCCCCUUACAUUAUUCUUCUGUUACGCCAGAUGUACUUUUAUCUUCCUUUUCUACUGUAUUCCCUAGCGUUCCUUCUUCGCUAUCGUUAUUUCGUUUGAAUACUUUUUUUUUGUAUACCUUU